AGGAGCUGGGGUGGUGGCUGGGGAGGGAGGAGGAGGAGAGAUGAGGAGCUAGCCGACUGUGGAUGUGAGUGUGAGGUAAUCUUACUCCCUCCCCCGCCCCCCCACCCCUUCCAAUCUCUCUUCCUGCCACUGGAGCUGGUUGCUGCAGACGGUACUUGGGAGCUGCUGAGGCUGGCCGAAAGCAGGGCGGGCACCCGGAGAUGAGGAAACUGAGGCUCAGAAAGGGGAAGUGACUUAUCCAAGAUCACCAGCUCUGAUCGGCACCUUUAGCACAGCUCCCCCUUCCCCUCCCCCCUUUCCUUUCCUUCCCUUCCUCCCCCAGAGGGAGGGCAGGAGCUGUGCGGAGCCUAAGUGGAGCUGCCUGCCCUUAGCCUGGCCUGUGCUGUCCAGCCUGGCCUGGCCCUGGGCGUGGCUGCAGGACCAGGAACAUGGCUGUUGUCCUGAGCUAUUUGUGGAUACUCCUUCUGUGGAGCCUCGGCCUGUGCAUCCAGAUUCCGGAACAUUACAACAAACACAUGAUGCAGCCCCCUACCAUCACAGAGCAGUCCCCAGAAAGGCUGGUUGUCUUCCCUACUGAUGAAAUCAGCCUCAAGUGUGAAGCCAGUGGCAAACCUGAAGUCCAGUUCCGCUGGACUAAGGAAAACAUCCACUUCUCUCCUGAGAAGGAGCCUGGUGUGAUCACACAUAUGAACUCUGGCUCCUUCACCAUCACCGGCAACAACAGCAACUUUGCCCAGAGAUACCAGGGCACCUACCGAUGCUUCGCCAGCAACAGAUUGGGCACGGCUAUGUCCCAUGAGAUCCAGCUUGUGGCUGAGGGCGCCCCCAAGUGGCCCAAGGAGAAGGUGCAGCCCUUCGAAGUGGAGGAAGGUCAGUCAGUGGUCCUGCCCUGUAAUCCUCCAGCCAGCACUGUGCAGCCCCGCAUCUACUGGAUGAACAGCAAGAUCUUCCACAUCGCACAGGACGAGCGGGUGACCAUGGGCCAAAAUGGAAACCUUUACUUUGCCAAUGUGCUCACUAAUGAUAGCCACUCGGACUACAUCUGCCAUGCCCACUUCCUGGGGGCCCGAACCAUCAUGCAGAAGGAGCCCAUUGACCUCAGGGUCAAACCCACUAACAAUAUGAUUUACCGACGGCCACGCCUGCUCCUGCCUGAAGGUUCGAACAGCCGUCUGGUGGCUUUACGGGGCCAGCCUCUGGUCUUAGAGUGUAUCGCCGAGGGCUUCCCCACACCCACCAUAAAGUGGUCAUACCCAAGCAACCAAAUGCAGGCAGGCCGAGUGACCUACCAGAACUUCAAUAAGACACUGCGUCUGGUGAAGGUGGAGGAGGAAGAUGAUGGGGAGUACCGCUGUUGGGCUGAGAACACCCUGGGGACUGCACAACAUGUCUACUAUGUCACUGUUGAGGCUGCCCCAUACUGGUUGCAGGAGCCCAAAAGCCUGGUGUUGGCACCAGGGGAGACUGCCCUUCUCAACUGCCAAGUCCAGGGAAGGCCCCGCCCCAUGGUCACUUGGAGGAUCAAUGGAGUCUCGCUGGAAAAUCUGACCAGAGAUGACAAACUCAGAGUCCAAGGAGGGGCACUGAUCCUGAGCAAUGUGCAGCCCAAUGACACCAUGGUGACUCAGUGUGAGGCCAGAAACAAGCACGGGGUCUUGCUCGCCAAUGCCUACAUCUUUGUUGUCCAGCUGCCCACCAAGAUCCUGACUCCAGACAAUAAAACUUACCGAGAGGUUCAGGGUAGCACUGCCCACCUGCUGUGUAAUGCUUUUGGGGUGCCCAUGCCCAGCAUCCAGUGGUUAAACCGGGAUCAGGCCACCGUCCUGCAGGAUGAACGCUUUGUCCCCUAUGCCAAUGGGACUCUGGCCAUCCGAGACCUUCAGACUAAUGACACAGGAUCCUAUUUUUGUCAGGCUGAAAAUGAUCAGAACAGAGUUUCUAUCCAGGCUCAUCUUCAGGUCAAAGAGGCCACCCAGAUCAAGAAGGGUCCCCAGAACCAGAUUGUCAAGAAAGGCUCAAAUGUGAAAUUUCCAUGCCACGUGUCCUUUGACCCCUCCCUGGAAAUCCAAAUCGAUUGGUACUGGAAUGAUCAGAACAUCAAGGACAUCUCUGAGGAUGACAAGUACGUCCUAAAGGAAGAGGAGUUGACCAUUAAAAACUUGGACUAUACUGACCAGGGAAACUAUAGUUGUGUGGCCAAGACUGCCUUGGACUCAGUGGAGAAAAAGGCUGCACUACUGGUGGUGGGGAGCCCGGGGCGUGUGGGCCAGCUGGAGCUGUAUAAACAGAAGGAUUUUCAUAUCCAGCUCUCUUGGAGCCCAGCAGAGGAACAUAACUCACCCAUUGAGAAGUACUACAUUGAGUUUGAGGACCGGACCAUGGAGCCUGGAACCUGGCACCCACUGGCCACAGUGCCUGGGAAUGAGACCUCAACCAGGCUCAAGCUGUCUCCCUAUAUCCACUACAACUUCCGUGUCAUAGCCAACAACAAGUAUGGUGCCAGUGAGCCAAGUCCCGACUCAGAGACUUUUGUCACCCCCAAUUCAGUACCAGAGAAGAACCCAACAGAAGUCAAGGGGGAAGGCAAUGAGACCAACAACAUGGUCAUUACUUGGAAGCCCCUAAAAUGGAUGGAUUGGAAUGGGCCCGAAUUGAAGUAUCGAGUACAGUGGCGUCAAAAAAAUGAGUCAGAAUGGCAGGAGGCUAUGGUGAAAGCCUCCAAAUUUGUGGUGUCCAACACACCCACCUUCGUGCCCUAUGAUAUCAAGGUCCAGGCAGUCAACGAAAUGGGGAAGGGACCUGACCCCCAAAUUGUCACUGGCUACUCUGGUGAGGAUGUUCCCCAGGCCAUCCCUAUGGUAGCUAUUGAGCUAUUAAAUGCAACCACAGUGAGAAUCAAGUGGGGGCCUGUGGAUCUGAAUGAAGUCAGAGGGCAUCUUCGUGGAUAUAGGGUGACAUACUGGUGGGUUAAUAGCCGCUGGAGUAGGAGCAAGAGGCAUACCCCCAAAAUGUUCAUCGACAGGCCCUCCAGUGCCACAGAAGCUGUCCUCCUAGACCUGCGGCCCUACAGCAUCUAUGGGGUACAGGUGCAGGUGUUCAACGGCCGGGGCCUGGGUCCGCCCAGCGAGACCAUACAGUUCCAUACUGAAGAGGGAGUACCAGACCGUCCACAGUCCCUGCAUCUACGCCGCCUGUCAGACACAGCCCUGCAGCUCUCAUGGAAACCCCCUCUCAACCCAAAUGGGGAACUCGAAAGCUAUCAGCUUCUGUACAAGGCCAUUAACCAGGAGACAGAAGAGGAAAAGAUAGUGACCAAGUCUCUGUCUCCCACGAUCCUGAUGCUCAACCUGAGUGACCUCAGCCCCCAGGCUCUGUACCACUUCCAGCUUCGAGCCACCACCAAAGUGGGCCCUGGUGAAGUGAUCACCCAGGAGGGAAGCACCAUACUCAAAUCAGGGAUCCCAACUUUUGGCAACAUCUCAGCCGUGACCAGUGAGAAUGCAAGCACUAUUUAUUGGUCCCCAGAGGAGGGACAGCAUGAUGUCACGUUCCGGAUAUGGUUCAAACCCUUAGGAG